UCCUUGUCCCAAGCAUCGUUUGGAGACUAUGGCACCCUGACUCUGACCUGUUUGGUGCAAAGCUUAUGAGGAAAUGCUGUUUCUGAAACGCUUUCCUCCCAACCUACACUCCUGGUGAUCCAAUGUAUUCAGCUUAACCAUAGAUCUGACUUCCAUGGUUAAUUGGAAGCAAACAGAUUCUUAAGUGACCCGACAAGGAUCAACAGCCUCCCCCCACCUCCAGUCUAUAUUUUUAGAUAAAUACGGGCAAGUAUUUUUUUUUAAAGUCCAGCAGAUGAAUCCCUGGAGACUCCUGGCGGGUUGGUAAGCCCAGUUCAGAGUCAGUCAUGGUUUAUGUCGAGUCCGCAAGGACUCGAGAUUGACUGAGACUCAAAGCACAACGGGCGGAUGUGGUGCUAGAUUCCUGUUAAACAGCGGAAACGGUAGCUCGGAACCGUUAAUUAGUUUGCCCUUCACAUUAAGCCUGCCACCCCCAGCUCGGAGACACGAUGAAAACCCGUGAAAGGAGUCCCUGAGUUUGCAACCGGAAUGAAUCAAGCGGAGCUGUGGUUGGGUGUUUUCUCUGUUCUUCCACUUGCGAUCCUUGUAAUGCUCUGUUCCAGGUGUAGACUAUUUGGGAAUCGCACUAUAAUCAGAGAGGAGAACAGGAAAGCAGGUCAAAGUGUUCACAUGAAUGAAGACAAGAAACGAUUUGAAGUAGUUAGGUCAUAUACUGUAUCUCGGCCAGAACAAACAGCAAGGCCAGAACUAGAGAUGGGGAAUGUGGCUACCUCAAAUCAUUCACUUUCACAAGUUCAACAAGCAUCAGGCAGCCCACCCAACUACGGCAACCUAGCUAUCACAAACAAAUAUGAAGAUGACCAGAAUUACAUAAAUCCUUUAGCUGCAGAAUAUUAUUGCUUCCAUGCAGAGUAUCUGAAACCUCCUCAUGAUGAUGACUCGACUUCAUAUGAAAAUGUGGAGAUCAGGAAAACCGAGAGUCAUACAUCAGUGGAGUCAGGGGCAAGUUAUGAGAACUGUGAAUACGCUGUGAAAUGGAAGCUUCAGCAAGAACCAGAAGAAAAGACAUAUAUGAAUAACUCUGAGGAAGAUGAAGAACCAGAUUAUAUCAACACCGUUCCUUGCCCAUCUUUGUAAAGCAUACAGAAAUCUGGGGAAAAGAUCUUUACGAUUAAGCUUUCCGCAGUCGGUGAAGUUAACUACUCUUCGCUGAACACAAAUGGACUGUCAAAGAAGGAGACAGUCUACAAACCUCUGGGGAAUUCCUUCCUUUCUCCCAAUGCAAGCUUUUUUUGUGUUUCUUAGUUCUGCUAAGAAUAUUUACAGCAUCCACGGACAUUUAGCAACAGUAUCUAUUAAUUUAUUUCUGCACAAGAAUCACAUUCUAAUGGUGCACUUUCCCGCUGAAACAUGUUAAUUCUAGUGUUUCAACAACAUUUUCAUCUCAAUUGGAAGAUUUUAAUAACUAUGUUCCAUAUUGAACAUAGUCCUGUGCCUGCUUUGGAAUUAUUUAAGUGAUACCAUUGUGUUUCUACUAUGGCAACCAUUCAGGACUAUCUUUUUAAAAUUCACAACUCAAUUCGCAAACUCUGAGAAUGAGAAAUAGCAUUUCAUUACUUGCACAAUCAUUUUUAAAAUUAAAUUAUUGUAUCUGUUUAUUGAAUUUAAAUUGCCUUAGAUUGAAGGUGAAUAGUUUAGUGUCCCAGACUCUACAAAUUAAACGAAAGUUAUUGAAGAGCAUCAGAGCUCUGCCGGUAUUUUUUAAAACUGUGCCUUGUAUUUAGCCCUUCUGUAUCAGUGAUGCUGACUGAAUAGCACAGAAUUUCAUCCAGUAUUCAGGGUCAUGCAGUUCUAAAGAGUUUGGAAGCUAUUCUAUGGAUCAGAGGAAAUUUCUGCACCAAUUUAUAUUAAGCUGUUUUGUUCAUACGUGUACUGAAUGUUGUUCAACAUUUUCCAUCUUGUAUAUUAAAUGAUUAAAAACAUUUCCUGUCAGGAUGGUCUGAUGCUGUGC